GAAGAAGCUGAAGCAGCACGAGUUCAUCAGCCAGGUGAAGAAUCAUGGCUUCCAGCAUCCUGCGAAGCUCCUCUUCCACGGGCUGGACCACAAGGAGAUGAAGGCUGUGAUGCUGGAAGACAUGCUUUUUCUGGACCGCUGGAAACCGCCGGCAUUCCUGACACGAACUGCUAACCCACAGGCCAUGGAGGAGUUCAAAGCGCUGCUGGUCCGGAACUACAAGAACUUCCUCAAGGCUUGGCGACACUGCCUCGACCAGGACUCCAGCAACCGAUGCAAUUACGACGAGUUCGAUGCAGCAUGCCAGAAGCUGAAGUUCAAAGGCGAUGUUGCUGGUGCCUGGAGAGCUUUGGAUGAAGACCUGUCCGGAUACAUCACGCUCCAGGAGAUCGACCCAGCUUCCUCCAGCGCCUUAGCCAACUUCCGCAGGUGGUGUGACGAGGAGUUUGGCAGCGUCCGGUCAGCCUUCAGCGUCUUUGACAACAGCGGCGACAACGAGGUCAACUAUCGCGAGUGGCGGCGCUCCCUGCGCUUCUAUGGCUUUGAGGGUGAUGCCAGCACGCUGUUUUACGCCCUGGAUGUCGAGAGGAGUGGCACCCUGGCGCUGCAGGAGGUGGAAUUCCUGGAUGAGUGGAUCUUCCCCGGUGCGAGCACCACGCAGGAGGUCAGUUCAUCUACGUUCUCCCAGGUGCUGGGCGAGCCGCCUGUACCGCAGAACGUGACCACGCAGUACGUCACGGAAGGCCCGGGCCCUGCGGCCUACGCUGCCGGGCAUGGCGUUGGCAGCGGUCCGCCCGCGCCGAUGCGGCCCUUCCCGGGAGCUUUCUCCUUCCGGAAGCGGACUGGGGGCACCAUGCUGCUGCCGCCGACGCCUCGCGAUGCCGGGGAGGAGCCUUCACCUUUGGACUACGAUUCCCGCCCCGGGUGGUCUACCAUGGCCCCGAGCAAGCCCUCCUGGCCUUUCAGCAAGGAGGCUCGAAAGUCCAACGAGCCAGUGGACAACGAGGAGGAGGAGCAGUCCCCGGGCCCCGGGGCGUACACUCCCCUGAUGGCCCCGGCCGUAGCCGUCGCUUGCACCCCUCGGCGUGCGCUGAAGGUGCAUCCGUUCUUCAGAGAAGGCCUAGGAAAGCGGACGCAGUUCACGCCGCGGCAGGACAUCCUCGCACUUCCAAGAGUCUGA